ACAGCAGCGACCAGAAAUCAGUGACUGCGAGGAUGUUGUGGUGGAGGUUUGACUGCAGGCCCCAGUGGGGUUUGUUGGCGCGUCGGGUUAGGUAACAUGUUGUUGCACCAAACUGAUGUGCCCGGGUUCGCUGUACACGAGGCUCUGGAGCUGGCUGGGCAGGUGCGACUGCGGAGCUUUGCGCUUUGGGGGAAACCGAUAGAAGGUGCAGAAAAGAAAGGCUGCAAGAGACGGAGUACCUAAUGAAGGACGGGAUGUACGGUGUUGUCUCUUUGUAGUGGGAUAGUCAGGAAUAGGUAGCGGUUGGUAGUAGGCGGACCUGAAAUGUGUCGACAGGCGUGUUGUUGUUUGGAGCCUUGCGGGCAGGACGCUGAAGCUUCCCCGGAGCGGGGUGCCCUGGUGCCGUGACUGAUUUCGCCCAAAAUCGGGCAGCCCCCUUCCACCCCCAGGCAGCGCACAAUUUUUUUCACGACCCGCCAAUUUUCAGCAGGUAAAUCAGCGCUGGCUCUUCCCCCAGCGGCUCGGCGUAUAUUUUGGGGACCCCGCCACUCCCCCCAAACCUCCCGCCCAAAAAUUUCCUCUUGAUCUCUCCCUUCAUUUUCCAGCACCUCCGCUCAGCGCUUUGCCCUCCCCCAACCACAGCGCAAUCCACCAUCGCGCCGUCGCAUUCGCAGCAACAGCGCCGCCAUCCCGCUAUUAUCUUACAACAACAACAACAACAAAGUCAUUCUUAACAGACCCCCAAACCCAAAAAGCCGCAAAUAUGCCGCGCCCACCCAAGAAGGUCGCUGAGGUCGCCCCCUCGCCUGCGCCAGUCGCGCCAGCCAUCAUCAACCCUAUCCAGCAACAACAACUCCCUGUUGCCCAGAUCCCCGGUGGCCCUCCCGUCAUCGAUGUCGCGCAGUUUAUUCGCGUCAGAGACUCUGUGUACAACCGUCUGCAAACUAUCCAGGAUUUGAUUAGGAGUUUUUCUGCCGAUUAUUUGCGUCAGACGAACCUUCUCAUUGGCGAGGGUACCAGCCUCGAGAAUGGACAGGAGACUCUUGACCAUCUCAACGGCGCUCUCGGCGGCCUGAUGCCCGCUGCCCUUGCUGCACCCAUGCCCGUUGUUGAGGAGAAGAAGGAGCGCAAGAAGCGUACUCAUGACCCCAACGCCCCCAAGCGUCCCCUGACCCCCUACUUCCUUUACAUGCAGACUGCUCGUCCCAUCAUUGCGAGCGACCUUGGUGAGGGAGCUCCCAAGGGUGCUGUCCAGGAAGAGGGCCAGCGUCGCUGGGCUGUCAUGGCCCCUGGUGAGAAGGCGGGCUGGAACACGGCUUACAAGUACAACCUCCGCCUCUACCAGGCUCGCGUCCACUCCUACAAGGCCGGCAACAUGGACGCCAAGAACAUGUCGGAUGAUGAGGCUCGUGCCUAUGCUGAGCUCUACAACAUUGACGUUUCCAACCUCGCCCAGGUGGAGGAGUUCCCCGCCGAUGAGCAGGAUGCCAUCGCCGAGCAGCUUCACCAGACGGCCGCUGUCGAGUCCCCUCCCGCCGAGGUCUCCGAGGAGGAGCCCGCGCCACCAGCCAAAACCCCCAACAAGAAGGCCGUGACCCGCAAGCGGAAGAGCACGGCUGCCACUCCCGCUGUCCCCGAGCCUCCCAAGCCAGAGCCCGCCGCCACUCCGGCGAGCCCGGAGGCCAAGAAGAGGAAGAGAACGUCCAAGGCGGCCGAGAUUGUGGAGGAGCCCAAGAAGUCUGCUCGUAAGAAGACCAAGAACUGAUUGUGCUCGUCUCCUUGUCUCUCUUUUGCGCGUUAUACUCUGGGUCUGGUUUGGGUCGGUUCGUUUCCAAUCUUGAUGAUACCUCUGGCGCCUCUCUUGCGUUGCCUCUCUGCACUGACUGGGGCGGCAUCUUUUCUUUAUGCUUUGGGAGCAAAGGCAGCUGGGUUUUGAACAACGCGGGCAUGAUAUUUUUCUCCAUCUCUGAUCGCUUUUUGCCGCAACAGUUGAAGCAGGCGGUCGCGCGUUUUUGUAUUAUUUGUAUGGGUAUGAACUGGGGAAUAUUGGCGGGUCCUUUUGCUUUGCUAUUCAGGUGGGAGCGGAGGAAGGGGAAACAACGCAGGAUUGGCUUUUGUAUGGAGUCUUGUCGGAUGUAUGUAGUCGUCUUGGGGCCUGGGUCAGUGAGUGCGUCGCCGUUCUGCAUGUAGGCAUCGAGUGAGCUCGGGGGGUUGGUGAAAUGAAACUUCAAUAAGUACACUUGUGUUACGUUGUGUGACAUGUUGUGAUAGAAACCAGGUGAUGAUGUCUGCACCAGGUGGGUGUUUCUGUUGACUAUUCGGAUCUCUUAUCAAG